AUGAUGUGGAAUGCAAAUUGCUGCAUAGAGUAUGCCAGAUCUGUUCUUGGUCUUGAAAAUGCAAAUAGCACCGAAUUCGAUCCAAAUACUAAAAAUCCUUGUGUCAUAUUUAUCCCCAAGGGUUCAAAAACUCAUAUGGGUGGUACCAUGCGCCUUGGAUCGAGGAGGACAUAUUUUCAAGUAAUGGACUCUAAAGCUUCACAGCUUCCAAAGUUGAAUGUUUUGUAUGAGUGUUUUUUAGGUCUUGGUUAUAAAAUUGAUGAAAUAGUUCAAGCAUGGAAUGAGAUGUAUGAGGUUAAAAGAUGGCAGACUGGUGUUCCCUCUUUUCGCCUUGAACCACUCUUUAGGCGUCGCGUCUCAAAAUUGCAUUAUCUCAUGGAAGUGGAACAUCGUUAG